CAAGGGCGUAGAAGAAACAAAAAACAUAAGAAAACAAAAGCAUAAUUCUUUUGUUCGUCCGUUCACGUUCGCAUAAACGUAUAACGAUCGAACAUUCAUCUGCAGUCGCAGUGCUAGAUUGUGUUGGGGAGAAGCUGAGAGGGUGAUUCAUCGCCGUGUUGUAGAAGAACUAUUUUGGAUCGUACAAAAAAGAGAAUGUCCGCUUCCGGUUUGCUAAAAUCAGUUCGCGAGGACGAUUUCGUGGAAUACUUUUUGUUCCCGACUGGUUUGGAUCAGAAAGAUGUUUCGCUGGAAAAUAGCGAGCCUCUGCUGGAGUCGCUCCAGGCAAAGGUCAAUAAACUGGCAAAAGACUUCUGUCAGCGCUACAUUUGGCAUCGGGACGGGUUCAAGGUUUCUAUGCGGAAGGGCGAUCUCCAGCAGCGUAUGUUGAUCGAGGCGAACGGUUUCGAUGAAGAAAAUGUUCAGCUGCCACCUCAUCUGCACGGAAUAACACAUUAUGGGGAUAAUGUACAGGACGAAUGGUUUAUUGUGUCGUUAUUAUUUCACCUAACGCGUCAAAUUCCCGAUUUGGUGGCACGAGUGGUGGACUCGGAUGGAGAGUUUCUACUGAUUGAAGCAGCUGAACAUUUGCCGCGUUGGGCGAAUCCGGACCGCUGUGAAGGUCGAGUUUUUAUUUGCGAUGGCAAGCUGCAUUUGGUUGAAACAGAAGACCACCAAGAUGCAUUCCCUAUGGAACGAAUAUUCCGGGAGUUGAGUGCGGAAUCUCGAUCCAAAUGGGUGGCUUCGAAAAGCAUGCAAGCAUGUAUCGACGAACGCAUUCAGGAUUUCCCGGAUAAAAUUGAAGACAAUCACCAUCGGGCUACACUAUACGUUCCGGUAGGAGUGGCGGCCGUUCUAGAAGAGAAUCCUCAAUUAAUCUCAGCUGCCGUGUUGGCAUUCUGUAAUCGAGAUCCGAUAGACUUGAAAGUUUGCCGAGCGAUGCGCUACUUCCCCCCGGAGAGCUGCGUUUAUACGAGUGUCGUGUUCACCAGAUGCUUAUACGCCAUGCUGCUGCACAGUAACUAUCUACCUGAUCGUAGAACUGGUUGGAGUUUACCAGCUGCAAGCGAUCCUAGCUAUAAGGCUCAUCUUUUGGGUUUGAAGCUUGCCUGUGGCUUCGAAAUUCUAGCCUCCCAGGCACGUUCCGCUGCGUCACUGGAAACUGACAAAGGUUGGAAAAGUUAUUUCGAAUCUCUCAAGUCAAAGGGUUAUUUUCAGGAUAAUAUCGAAGGAUCUCAGGAGUAUGUUCGCUUAUUAGAAGUGGCACAGAGUUAUUACCGGGAUCAUCGUGAUUCAAUGAAGAUUACGCCAAAAAUUGGCGAGGAAAUUGUCUCCAUCCUGAAGCGGAACGAAUACGACGUGGAGGAACUGCGUAAGCAGGGUCUUGAGUUGCCAACACCAGACGAAGACAGCUGGAUUAAUGUUUCUCCCGAAGAGCUGGACGAAAUGUUAACCAAGCGAUACGGGACUCGCAAAUUGUUUUCCCUCAACGGAAAUGUGCACGCCGAAGAGUUCACUAAUAUGGUUAGUGACUUUUUAGACCAGAAAAGUGAGUUCGAUGGUGUGGAUUCGGCCCAGAUUGAUUCGUUAACGCCGACCAGACCAAAACGUACCAAAAGCAAGUCGAAGGCCGAUGUGCAACCAGCCCAACUACCUCUUCAUCAACCAAUCGAUUUCGAUCCGGAUGCGUUUGGUGCUCAUGUUAAAAAUUUGCUUGACUUAGUCAUUCCUGAAGAUCGAUGGGACUCCUCUGAUAAUUCGGAUAUGAGUGACUACGGCGAAGAAGACUACGAUCAAAACAUCGAGGAUAUGUCUCCAACGAGAACUGGCAAAGUCGUCAAAAAUGAGAUACAAUCCUACAUGGAGCAAAUGGAUCGCGAGUUGGCUUCGACUACGAUUGGGAAAAGUUUCGAAACGGAUCUCGGUACCCCAGCGGAAGCCAACAGCGAAGUGGAUGAUUUCGAUGACAUCGAAAGUUUCAAACCGGUCAAUAUCGAUGUUACCACGCUCAAAAAUAUGAUGGAAAGCUAUCAUGCUCAGAUCGGUGGGCCUGGACCAGCAGCCAAUUUACUUGGUUCCAUGGGUGUUCAGAUUUCGCGGGCUUCCAAUGGGGAAUCAUCUUCGCCAAAGACGAAGCACGGCAGUACUAAGCAAACCGAAGUAUGAAUUGUGCCAUCGGUGACGGUGGACAUUUUUUUUGUUCCCUGUCCUACUUACUCCAUACGCUUGAAGCUUCUCCUCCCCUGCUAAUGCAAUCAGUUAGUGUUAGUGUUUUAAGAAUAUCUCAAAAUUUAUCGAAACAUAGUCAGAAGCUGGUUGAAUCUUGUGGACCCCUACGGAUGGUCUGCAAUCGCUAUAGUUUGUAUUGUUAGUCUGGUAACCUUUUUGAAAAGACCUUAUAUCGCACUUUAAGGGAAUACAAAUUUCCAUCAUUUUGCACACGUACUGUUUAGGUAUUAGAGAUGCUAGGGAUGCCAUAUAAUAAACCACAACAUGUCAUGUUUGUGAGAUAAAAUAAUGUUACACUUUGGGAUAUGAUAUAAGAUUUUAAGUAUAUAUGUAGAAUCAGAUGCAUUUUACGCGUUUAGGCAAAUAAAGAGCUGCUUGGGUCAUUGAGCCGAAAAGA